AUGGCUUGUGUUUUGACCAGAAAUAAAUUAAAAUGUUUAAUUUUUGGAGAUGCUAAAGAACUUAGUAACAAUGUACUUCCAACUUUUAAAGAUGUCAUGCAAUAUUAUUUGUUUGUGAAACAUAAACUAAAACCCGAAACUACCUCUAAAGAACCUAGUGUAAGCUCUAUAGCAGAAAUUAUAGCAGUUGAUUUAGAAAAGUUAUAG